UUUGAGGAGCACUUCCGCUGAAUGUUUUUGUGGUAGGAUUGGAGGCACGUGGAGGUAGAGUUGGUCUUCCGACCGAUCCGAAAAGAUUGAAUGACGAGAAAAACAGUGACAUUUAGAUGUGAAAUUUGCGCGCAGUCUGUCGUCAGCUAUACGUUUGGUCUUUUUCGAAUUGCAUGGUUUACAGCUGUUUAGUAGUUUUAUUCGUAGUUUGAAGGAUGUCUUCGGGCACUGGGAGUCAUACGACUAGUCGGGCUAUCCCGACCUCCCACCCUGUCAUAAUCAACGAUGUGGCCCUCAUGCCUCAAGAGUAUUCUACAACACCAGAAGGGACACUCUUCAGUACGACCCCUGGAGGCACCCGAAUCAUCUACGACAGGAAGUUCCUCCUGGAGUGUCGAACCUCCCCUCUGACCCGCACCCCUCCCUGUCUCCCUGAUAUCCCAGGGGUAACCAGCCCCCUCUCAGACAACACUACCACUGACACAGCCCACCCUAAACAAACCCCCAACAACCUCAGUCCCCCAGCAGACAAGAGUGCAGGGGAGGAUGCUCAAUUUGAAAUGGACAUUUAGCCAUUUGAUGGAUCUGCUGGAGUAUUGCAGCCUUGAGGAUAACAAGGAAAGAAUGACUCAUGUUUUUUACUGUGUUUAAGCUGUCUCCUUUGUUUGAUGAACACAGCAUUAUAAAAUGAAUGAAGAGA